AUGGAACUAGAUGAUGAGCUACGUUCCAUUACUAUUGGCAACUCAAUAGUUGUCCAAUAUUGCACUCGUAUAAAGUCAAUUGUCGAUCUCCUUGCCAACAUCGGAGCCUCGGUUUCCGAAGGGAAUCUUGUUAUUUAUUCCAUUAACAACCUAUCUCUAAAGUUUUCUCAUGUGGUUACCACCAUUCGACAUCAGAAGCCAUUCCCGACUUUUCUUGAAAUGCGAUCGAUGCUUAUGCUAGAGGAACGUUCCAUGAUUAAGGAACAAAAUCGUGUGGUGCAAGCUACUCAUCAAGACCAUGCUUCAGCCCUAACUAUUCUCAAUACCACACAUGAUAACCAAUCUUAG